CGCCGCCGCCGCUGCUUGCCACCGCGCCGGUUUUUAAUCGGAUCGCAUUUCCGGCGUGGACGAGGGGUGCUCUUAAACUGUCGCAUAUAUUUCAGUAAGCCUCUCUGCAACUCACGAUUGCUUGAUCGCGUUUAUCAAGCCACGGUGAUAAUGAAAAUCUGAUAUUAAAAAAAAAAUCGGCGAUGGUUUUCCUUUCAACGAAUAGGGACGCCUCUUUGUUGCUAUCUUUUUCGAACUACUGGUGAUACUUACCUCCUGUUGCGUGUUUCGAUUUAAGAGUGGAUUGCCUUGAAAAAAAAAGUGAGAGGAAACAAAAGAGGAAAAAAAACUAGUGAUAAAAAUGCCGUUAUUGUAUGCAUCAAAAUUAAAAGUCAUCUGGAGCAAGUCUUCUACGAAAAAAAUAACGCUUUAACUUUUUGUAAGACAAUAAUUUUUUAAAUUUUUUUUCGGAAAGGCCUCUCUGCUUUGGCAUUUAAUAAGUUUAGUUAAAAUAGUCGUGAUCAAUAAGUUGGUAUCAAAUUAAUAAUCAGUAAGCUACCUAUGUUCCUUUUAACGAAAGAAACUUUUGAAACUCGUGCUCGCAGCCUUUGAUUUUGUGCGAGUUUAAUUGUGUGGUCUGUGGAAGUUUAUGAUCGCCCGAAGAGUGGAGCGCACAAUACGCGGCAUUUUUCGUCGUGAAAAAGGAGAAGUGCACCACGUGCGGACGGAAACGGUGUGUGUGUGGCACUGACGAAAGAACGGAUUGGUCGAGUGUUGGAAAAUUAUCAAGCGCUCGCAUUCGCACCAGAUAUUCUUCGAUCGGUGUCAUUUCAAGGCGAUGGCCAUUUUUCAACAUUUCGAAAGAAAAGUUUGACGCUGGAAUUUUUUACAUUAUGAAGAAAGUUUCUCCAUUCUAGUAACGGAUACAGCGAUGGGAUUGGGAGGAUAUCCUCUGACGAGACUGAAUCUAAUUACUAUACCUGAAUUGGCGAUAACGGGCACCAUGACGAGGAUGAUCCCGAUCGAAGACCCAGGGAACCCUAAAGAGUGCAAAUGGGAGAGGUGACGUAUCACCCAGUGAUGCGUAAACGGCGUGGAGUGGGCAGCGCCUUUUUGGGCCUCCUCGUGGGCCUGAUCUUGGGUUUUCUGAUCCUCAGCUAUCGUCUGAUCGUCUUUAAUCAGCAGCAAUCGGUCGCCAUUUGGACUUCCAUGCCCGCUUUUCGGUCAUCGUUAAAAACAUCAGCGCAAAACAUGCCGUGGCUGAGAGACGACGAGCGAAUCGACAAAUCCACUUCGAAUCUAGUGUUUGUGGGCGUAAUGACAGCUCAAAAGUAUCUGGACACGCGAGCCAAAGCCGUUUACGAGACGUGGGGCAAAGAAUUGCCCGGCAAAAUAGCCUUCUUCUCGUCGGAGUCUUCGACGGUUCCUGAAAAUUGCCCGGAUUUGCCUUUAGUGCCACUUCCACGAGUGGAUGACACCUAUCCACCGCAAAAGAAGUCCUUUAUGAUGUUACAAUACAUGUGGAAUAACUUUGGUGAUCGCUUUGAAUGGUUUUUGAGGGCAGACGAUGACGUAUAUGUAAGGCCAGAUCGAUUGGAAACGCUGCUGAGGUCUGUCGAUUCUCGAAGGGCGAUGUACAUCGGACAAGCUGGCAGAGGGAACUCAGAAGAGUUCGGAUUGCUGUCGCUAGAGUAUGAUGAAAACUUCUGCAUGGGUGGCCCGGGAGUAGUUCUAUCCAGGGAGACGCUGAGGAGGAUCGUGCCACACAUUAAGUACUGCCUGCGUCAUUUGUACACCACGCACGAGGACGUCGAGCUGGGAAGAUGCGUAAAAAAGUACGCUGGGAUCCCCUGCACUUGGAGCUACGAGAUGCAGUCGAUUCUUUAUCACAAUAGCAGCGGGGCUCAGGCGUUCACCGGAAAUCUCAAGAAGAAGGAGGUUCAUCGUGCCAUUACUUUGCAUCCUGUAAAAAGUCCGCCUCACAUGUACAGGUUGCACAAUUACAUGAGGGGAUUACGAAUACAAGACCUGCAGCAUGAGAGGAUUCGUUUGCACAGGGACAUUUACACGAUGGCCCAGGUGUUGGGAGUAAGCCUAGAAGCCUUGAAGAACUACGAAAUAGCGGAAGGCGUACGUCUCUUUCCGGUCGACCCUAAUUCCGAGGAUUAUCCCGGCGACACGGACAUACUGGGUGUGCCGGCAAGUCUUCGUUCAUUCAAACCAGCUAUGAGUGACGAAGUGAUCCCGUGGGAUUUUCUCUUGAAAUUGGAAUACAGUUUAACCGAUUCUAAUCCCAGGCGACGUAUUCAUAGUGAUAUCAAAGAAGGUCUGGAAGAUAUUACCAGGGAGGUCAUGGCUUCUAUUAAUUCUUAUUCAAGGCAACGGGGCCGCAUAGUCGAAGAACGGUCUGCUCUUUACGGAUACAGGAGGGGAAAUUCUUAUGGAGCUGAUACAAUAUUAGAUCUUCUGUUGGUUUAUCGAAAGUACCGGGGAAGGAAAGUUACUCUUCCCGUUCGAAGACACGUUUAUCUCCAUCAACAUUUUACCGGAUUGGAGAUGCGCGAGACAGUAAAUGGCGUCGAAGUUCAACCUCAACAGAAAUCAGACGACAAAUAUAUUCAUAGUUUACUUCACGGUGGUUUUCUGAAUUUCAAUUUCAACUCUCAAGAGGAAGAUCCGGUGCAAAGCAAAAUCAUCAAUUUUAUUUUACCUUUAUCAGGCCGCUACGAAAUCUUCCAAAGGUUCCUCCAGAAUUACGAGGAUAUCUGUUUGACUAGCGGCGAGAAGACGUCAUUGCUCGUCGUACUCUACCAGCACAAAAGUGAGAAUACCUUCAACAAAACAAUAGAUCUGAUUGAGCAGCUCAAGUACAAAUAUCGCAGUGCCAGCAUGGAGGUUCUACCGGUCUCCGGGGGCUUUUCGAGAGCUCGAGCUCUGGACUUAGGCGUGUCGAAGUUGCAGACCGAUGAUCUAAUGCUGUUCAUCGACGUGGACGUCGUAUUCACGGGCUCAGCGCUAAACAGGAUACGCCUGAACACGCUACCAGGCCGAAGAAUAUAUUUUCCGAUAGUUUUUAGUCAAUAUGAUCCCAAAGUCGUUUACGGCGACGCCAAGAAGCAAGACAAGUUUAUCAUAAAUGAGAUCUCCGGACAUUGGAGGCAGUACGGUUUCGGAAUAGUUUCACUGUACAAAAGUGACUAUCAUACUGUGGGUGGUUUGGAUCUCUCGAUUCAGGGCUGGGGUAAGGAGGACGUAGAAUUCUUCGAGAAGGCAGUUAAGUCAAACCUCGAUGUCUUCAGGGCGGCGGACAGGCAUCUGGUGCACGUAUAUCACGAGAUAGAAUGCAGCAGAGAGCUCUCUAGCCUUCAAUUCUCCAUGUGCAUGGGAUCCAAGGCUGAUACGUACGCCGGAGUUGAAACUUUGGCCAACAUGAUUUAUAAUAACCCGAACAUACUACGCUUCGCCAAAGAGAGGAGACAGAAGAGAACGAACCCUGCUGGUUAAUGAUGGAUCUGUCAAAUUGGAAUUAUCGGCUGUUGAAUACAAUUUUAUUAAAAAUUGUAGGGGAAAUUGUAAAAAUAUUUUUUUCAUUACGCACUCGCCUCGAUAGUGACUUCAGUUACGAAUGGAACAUCGAAAGGAACCGACUCAUGAACUUUUCGGGUGCCAGAGUAUCUCGUUAGUCAUAACUGUUUGUGUAAAUAUAGAGUAUGUUUGUCUGAGUCAAGCAAAUAAAAAAAUCAAUACUGA